UUAUUUUUCGGUUCUCUCCCUCUUUUCCCUUUCUUUUUCCGCCUCAAAAGUUAUAAUUUUCUCUGUCUAUCCCUUGCAAAAAAAAUUAAAAAACAAUGCCACUGAAAUAGCAGAGGCAGAGAAGUUUUUCCAGUUCCCCUUCCCUCCCUCUCUCUCUCUCUCUCUCUCUCUCUCUCACAAUCAAAGAACAUAUUCUGAGGUUCCAGGUACGAUUAGCCUCACAAUCUAGGGUUCCCGUUUAUCCUCGCUUUUUCCAUGCGUGUUCUUCAUUCCCUCGCUUGAAUUUCCCUUUUUCGUGUUCUUCAUUUCCUCAGCUACUGAACUUUUUCCUGUUACCAGCAUGGUGUUUCGUUCGCAACAUUUUGCUUCGUUGGUUCGUCUCUGAAAUUUUCCGAAUAUUGAGAUUCUUGCGUCUGCUUGAUCAGGGUUUCGGCUGGAGCUGUUGAUAAGAGAAUAAGAGCUUCGUGCGUUUGGCGGGGGAGAGCGACUUUCCAGUGUUUCGAUUAGGGUUUGGGAGGGACGGGGUGGAUCUUCCUGGUGGUUUUUUAUUUGCGGAGCUGAUGAGAGGUUUUUGAUUUUCUAGUGAUGGAAUCGGGUAUUUCCCGAAGGUAAUCUAGGCGGUGCGUUCUCUUUGUCUUCCUUUUUUGGCUGUUCAUCGGUUUGGUUUCGAUGGUUUCUGGUGAUUUUUCUGUUUCGGGGGAACCGGUGACGUGAACUGCUCAUAUUCAUGCUUGUGGACGAAUUAUCGAUUGCACUCUUCUUCCCCGUGGUUGGGUUGCUGGAACUAUCUGGGAGUUUUGAAUUGAGAAGAAGUUAACUGGCUUGAUUGAUUGAAGGAAACUUUUUGGCAGGAAGGAGAAUUGUAACUCUUCCUCCUCAUUCCUUUUUGAACAAGGUGGUGCAAGUUUUGUGCAUGGAAAAGAAUAUGGGAUUUGCUGAAGCAACAGAUGCUUCCAUCAUGCACGGGCUUAGCUCUGACGAAUCAUUCUGUGCUGAAAUGGAGACAGACGAUUUUGUUGAAUCUGCAAAUCCAAGCGAUGAGAUUCAGUGCUUCACGUCAGAGAGAGGCGAGGGGAGUAAUGUGGUGUUCUCAAGAGAAGUGCCGCUUGUGAGUAAAGAGUCGAGGAAGUCACGCCAUUGUAGUUGUAGCUCGAAGAAGCUCAAGUCUCGUAUGUCAGGGGCUGAGUCCGACUUUGACAAGAAGGAUAGUGUUGGAAAUGAGAAGAAACUUAGCCGACAGGAUAGAAUCGAGUGGGGCCGAUUGUUUCAAGGUGCGGUUAGUUCUCAUGAUUGGGAGCUAGCAGAGAGCCUGAUAUUGUUAGCGGAUCCACAAACCCUUAACGAUGCUCUGUGCAUCACCCUUGAUUCUAUUUGGUUCUUGAGCACCCAACAAGAGCUUCAUGGGAUCACGUGUUUGAUCAAGAAGAUCAUAGCUAAUGGUGCUUAUGAUUUCACUAGAGCUGCUUUGAGAACCUCGUUUCUUGCUUCUUGUGUAUCGGCUUGCCAGAGUAGAACUAUGAGUCUUGCUGACACAGUAACCGUCAUGGCACAAAGGCUGCACGAGCGUCUCCAGGAAUGCAAUGGGGACGAGGUUCUGAAGGCAGAAGCUGGUGCAAAGGUUCAAAAGUUUACUGAAUGGGCUCUGAAAUGUAUUGGUUUCCAUUCUCGUUGUCAGGGAAAUAGGGGUAAAGUUAAUCACAGCUCAGCUGUCGAGAUUCAGCUCCAGUUAUCAGCAUUCAAGAUAUUUCUUGAUCUUGCUGGCAACCAGCUCACAGGCAAAGAUUUUACGGAGGCCUUUGAUGCUGCCUGUUUUCCUCUUACUUUGUUCUCGAGUUCGUUUGAUCCGGGCUGGGCAUCUGGGAUCUCAGCUACUGCAAUCCAAGGGCUGUUGGGGAUGUUAGUUGAAGGCGGUGCUGACAAUGUUAACCAGUGUUUCCUGGAAGCCUCCCGUUUCGGGAGUACAGAACUUGUCCGUAUCUUGUUGCAGAUUGCCCAGAGGAACAGCUUGGACGUAGACGUGGACCUAGCCCUUGGCUUUGCCGCCCACUACGGAAAAAUUGGCACGAUGGAGUGCCUUGUCGAAGAAGGCAAUGCCAUAGCCUUCCUGGGCCCAUUGAUGAGAGCAGCAGAGAGAGGCUGCAUGCAGGUCGUCCAGUGGUUUGUAGAUCGAGGCUGCCGCGACAUGGAGCUCUGCCUCGCCCUCACUGCUGCCACGUCCAGCUGUCAGGUCGACGUCGCAGCGUACCUCCUCCCUCAUGUUCCCCAGCACGUACUCGCUGCCCUCAGCAUCGAGAUCUUAAAAGCUGCUGGCGAGAGGAGCGGCGGGUCCCUCGAUGGCGUCGCUUUCCUCCUCCGGUCCGACUUCCUAGGCGACCCUGCCGCCACCUACGCUGUCGCGGACAGCAUCGCCAGGUCAUCGGAGGAUGAGGCAGUGGCCCCCGAUCUCAAGUCCUUCCUCCUCGAGAACUGGUCCGAGGCGGCUUACUCCGAUGGAUUGAAGCAAGGAAGAGAACAUUACAUGAAUCUGCUGAGGAUCUUGGACCGGGGCGCCUCCCCAAUAUGCUUGAGAGACCUCCCCGGCCCUCUUAGAGUCGCAAUCGGCUACCUCCCUCUGUACAGGGAGUGCGUGGAAGCCGGUGGAUGUUUGUUCUCUCAGCGGCUGAGAGGGCAGCUCGUUGAAGCAGCUAGUAGGCUCGGGGGAGUGUCGUUGGUGGAGGUGGGUCAGGGGAGAGAGCUGUUAGCGGUUUUGGAGCGCCACCUCCCUCCGUUUUUGGUGAACGUCAAUGCGGGGUAGAGAUUUGCAGGAGCUUCUUCUUCUACAACAACAACAAUAAGGUUUGCCCUUUUCCUCUCUCCCUCUCUGUCAGUGAGAUCUAUUGGCGAUGGCGUACAUAUAUGACAUGAUGUAAUAUACAGAGCGAGCAAGGCACCUAUUUGUUGUUUUCUACCGUGAUGGUUGUGUUGAGCUGCUGUAAUAUGUAUGGAGAACAGAGAGCAACAACAUCUGAGAAAAGGGUGAAGGCAUACUCUGCAUGGAGACUCAAAUCUCGCUAUAUUGUAAAUUAGCUAGUGGUGGUACCACUCUAAGAAAAGAAGAGAAAACCCUGCAAAAUCUUGGCCUACUUAUCAUUUUCAUUUUGUUUCUUUCCUCGAGUGUUAUUCAUCUUCAGCUGCAACAAUAAAACUCCCAUCUAACCAACGUAAUCACCAUUGAGGACCAAACUACGAGAGCUAUUGCUUGAAGAGUGAGGUCAAUCUUGGAUUCGUGAUCAGAUUGAUGCCAUGGAAAAUUCUGUAAGGCCUGUAAUAAACAUUU